AUGACUAUCAGCACCACGACCGGUCGAUCGACGGAUUCGAUCGUCACGAAACGGGACCAGCAGCUGCAACAGCAGCAGCAGCAGCUCAACAACAGCCACGAUCGGCAGCAGUUGUGGCGAGAACGAACGAGAACGCGCCGUCCAGUAAUGAUGGUGACCAGCUUUCUGUCCAAGCCCAUCCUGCCAGGCGUAAUGGCGCACACUGUGUUGCUUCUGGCGGUGUUGCUCGUGACCUGCGCGCUGCCCACCAUCGAGGCGAAACUGCAACUGUGUGAGGUGGAAACGGGCCAGUCCAGCAUCAUUCUGGACAUCGAGGAGAGUCGUGGCAGCUCCGUUGCACAACUCACGAACCCACCAGAACUGCCGAUAUCUGGUGAUCCAAACGACGACAUAACCCUCGAGCUAGUCUUUCCUAAAGGCAAACCAACCUUCCUACUGGACGGCAAAUCAUUGCGGCUCAUCCAUCCGCUCGAUCGCGACGAGGAAAAUCUCAGCCACAUCGUCUUCCAGAUAACCUGCAUGGUGCGGUCGACGCGUCGCAAACGCAACAUCCCGAUCAUCGUCCGAGUGUCGGAUGUCAACGAUAAUCCACCGAUGUUUAUCAACACGCCCUACGAAGCAACAGUGCCUGAAUCGACGCCCGUCGGGACGACGAUCUUCCGCAGCAUCCAAGCCUCGGAUAAGGACGCCGGUGUCAACGGCCUGGUGGAGUACUUCAUCGUCGAGGGAUCGCAGAAUAUUUCGGACAUCUCACCAAACACCCUCACAGCGGCAGAUGGCUUCGGGGUGUUCGCCAUCGCAUACCCACACCAGGGUCAGGUCACCGUGGUCAAGACGCUGGAUUACGAGCGGACGCAGCGGUACUACCUGACCAUCGUAGCAUCGGAUCGCGCCCGCAAUGCAUCGGAGCGUCUGUCAGCCACCACGACGCUGACGAUCGACAUAGCCGAUUCAGACGAUCAGGAUCCAUCGUUUAUCUACCGCGGAUGCGUGCUGUUGGACGGAGCAUGCCUUAAUCCGGAGUACAGCGCCUCGGUGCCGGCUGGCACGCUGCAAGGAGUCCUUACGGUCACGCCCGAACGCAUCCAAGCCGUCGAUCUGGACACGAUCAGCGCUCCGAUCCGGUACUCCUUCCUGAGCGGCAUUCCUGGCAACUACGGGGACUAUUUCGAGAUCGACGCGCAAACGGGCGUCCUGAAGCAAACGAAGCUAGUGGACGGUUCAGUGACGGCAAAAAAGUUCGACAUUAUCGUCAAGGCGGAAGAGGUCUCCGAAAUGAAGCGCUACACCACGGCAAAGCUCUCGAUCAACGUCAAACCCGUGGAUGCGUAUCCUCCGACGAUCAGCGUCACCUCCAUGGAAGGGUUCGUCGAUGAAAACUCCCCAAUUGGCACGGUCGUGAUGGAUGCGCAAGGAAAACCGAUUAAGUUGGCCACAACCGAUCAGGAUCUCGGCCCAGACGGCGAUGGCAAGAUGGAGUACAUCUACGAAGUGACCACACCAUCCUUUACCGUCUCCAAAGAAGGCAUCCUGCGCGUGAAUGAGGAAGGACUCGAUCGUGAUCCACCCAGCCCCGGGAAGUAUCUCUUUCAGGUGGUGGCUCGUGAAGCAAGUGGCAACGCGGCCAGUGCCCCAAUGAGUCUCACGGUACACCUGCGAGACGUAAACGAUAACGCACCGAAGCUGGCAAUGGUCGCACCCGUCACGCUGAUGGCCGGUGAUGGCCGCCGACUGGUCACUAACGUGCAGGCCACGGACAACGACGCUGGUGACAAUGCCGCCAUCACGUACUCGAUCUUCCACGUGUCUAAUAACGGCGCAAACAAGUUCGCCAUUGACCCAUCGACGGGUGAGAUCGAAACGCGUACACGAUUGAACGCAGGCGAGCAGUACAGUAUCACAGUACAGGCCACGGACGUCGGCGGAUUAUCCUCUCAGGCGAUCGUCGAGGUGACGAUCACACCCGGACCAAACACGAAACCGCCAAGGUUCGCUAAACCUGUGUACGAGGUUCAGGUGAGCGAAGGUGCCGAAAUCAACUCGACCGUGAUCGUGCUUAAAGCGGAAGAUCCGGAAAAUGACCCGGUUAGUUACGCCAUCACGACCGGGAAUGAUUUGCGUCAGUUCUCGAUCGGAAAGGAUAGCGGCGUGAUCAGCGUAAUUCGGAAGCUCGACCGAGAGGACCUCACGAGAUACCAGCUGAUCAUCCGAGCUGAGGAUAACGGUGGAUUGGCGAGCAGCGCUACCGUCAACAUCAAGGUGACGGACAUAAACGACAAGAAUCCGGAGUUCGACGAGCGCAAGCUGCCGUACGUGUUCGCGGUGGAUGAAGGCAAGGAUAACGCCGUCAUUGGCGUGGUGCACGCGACCGACGCCGAUGAAGGCAUGAAUGCAGAGAUCACGUACACCAUCCCAUCGGACAUUCCGUUCAGGAUCGACUCGAGGUCAGGCGAGGUGCGCACAAAGACCGCGUUGGACUACGAGAAGCAAAAGGAGUACCGGUUCGUGGUGACGGCAAAGGAUGGCGCGCCAGAACCGCGUCUUGGCACGGCCAGCGUAACGGUGAAGGUGCGCGACAUCCCUGACGAGGUUCCACGUUUCAUGGAGUCCACGGUAGAGAUGAAGAUCCCCGAGAACGUACCUGAUCUGACGGUUACUACGGUGCGGGCGUUCGAUCCGGACACGAAGCCUGAGAUUACCUACGCAUUGAAGCGCGGUCCUGGCGAUCUGUUCAAGGUAGACGCCCGGACGGGCCAGAUAAAGACAAUCCGCGGGUUGGACUACGAGAAGGACAAAAUGCAUGAACUCAUCGUGGGCACGCUGGAGAACAACGGCACUGCUCCGGGUGACUACAUUCGCAUCAUGGUGGAGGUCGAGGACCGCAACGACAUCCCUCCCGUGUUUGUCUCAAUCCCCGAACCGGUCAGCAUAAACGACAAUCUGCCGAUCGGUGCGAUCGUCGGUUCCAUGCCAGCUGUCGAUGGAGACGGAUCCUCGCCGGGUAACGUUGUGCGAUACGAAUUGGUUGGCCGAGGCAAGGCGUUAAAGUACUUCCAGGUAGACGCUGACUCGGGCAUCGUGAGGAUACGCGAUGAUCUUGCGAAAGAAGAGGACUCCGAGUAUCUGAUCGACGUGCGGGCGUUCGAUAUGGGUGAACCACAGCUGAGCAGCGUUUCGACCCUACCGGUGUACGUUGGACACAUCCCAGCCAACCCGAACGGCGAUUCGGCGGAGACGCGACUUGAGAACGGUGGCAUCGUCAACCUGGAGGUGCAAGGACUCGCGUUCAGCGAUGACAGCUACACUACGAGCGUGCCCGAGACAACGGGCGUGAACGCCACGAUCAAACUCAUCCAGAUCAUCAACUCCAAGAAAGCCACCAAGCACAACGGUGGCUUUAGCUGUGAGCUGAUCGGAGACACCGAUAUGCAGAAGCUGUUCCGCGUCACUAUCGAGGAUCAUGCCUGUGCGCUGGUUCUGAGUGCUCCGCUUGAUUACGAGACGGCCACGAGUCACACGCUCGAGGUACGGCUUGCGUCGAACAAAUACUUCGUCAAUCAGCACAAGAACUCCGCAAGUGUGAAGGUGAUCGUGCAGGACGAGAACGACAACGCGCCGCAAUUCGUGUUCCCUAAGACGUACCAGCAAAGCCCUCGCAACGAUACGUACUAUGCCGUCAUCAACGCAGAUGCGGAUGUCGAAACACCGCUGUUACAGGUGAAAGCCACCGAUCGUGAUGUGGGUCCGUUCGGGCAGAUCAAGUACGUGCUGGCUGAUGUUGAAGAGCAGACGAACGAGAUCCCGCACGAGGACACCCCAAGCUCGUACUUCACCGUCACCGAAGACACCGGUAUGCUCAAGACGCAGAAAUCCUUCCAGAACGUUCGCCACACACCGUUGGUGUUUUUGGUGGAAGCACGCGAUAACAACGGCAACGUCUCCAGCGGAACGGUCCACAAGGUGCGAGCUCGCGUCGUCGUGAACCUGAUUGCUGACAUCAACCGCAUGACGCUCGUGUUUCUGGAUUCAAACCCCAAGGAUAUGCGUCGUCACGCACGCACACUCGAAGAGCUGCUGCACGAGAAAACGGAUGGUCUCAUCACGGGCAUUGAGCGGUUCAGCGUGCGAAAGGUGUUGAAUGAGAAUGGCACGGCAGAAGAAAUGGCCGGAGCCACGGAUGUGUGGUUCUACGCCGUCGAUCCUCAAACGGAACGCAUCCUCGAGCGCAACUCUAGCACCAUCGCGAAGCGGGUUUUCGCGCCUGCAAUCCUGUCGCAGAUCAACUUCGAAGCGUCUAGCAUUGCGCGAGCCACGGCACAGGGCAUUUUUGGACCGAUCGAGCCAAAGCUGCCGAUCCAGAAGAUCAAAGCCACGAUCGUAGGCAACGAUGACGUGUUUCCGUUCGCGCUCAUUGCGGUGGCAAUCGUGAUUCUCAUCCUUGGCUCGAUCGGCAUCGUGUAUAUCUGCAUUUCCUGGUCGAAAUACAAAAACUUUAAGCAAAGAAUGCGCCAGUAUACCGCUCCCGCUAGCCCCGUACGCUACGAUCCGGUCAUGAUCAAUUCCCAGCAACCGCCACCGUCGGAAAAUCCGACCAGCUUGAAAGAGUACGAAACGCAGGUCCUCGCCAUGGCCGUGCCGCUGGCCGACGAGAGUGACGAUUUGCAGCUUGACUUUAGCGCUAAGAACCAUGCCUUCAGCCUCGACAAUGUCAGCUACAUCACGCACAAAGAAAAUGGUCAGCACAGUCCUACAAACUCCGACGCGACAACGGCUGUUGUUGGCACGUUGCAGCGAAACAACAACAACAACACUAAGAACAACAACAACCUGAACAUCAACAACCGCCAGAACACCCUCAACCGGACGCUCGAAAUGAACCGAAACAACUAUCUCAAUCCGCUGGGAUCCGGCGGAAAUGGUGCGGUUCCCGGAACGCUCACCCUGGGCCGCAUUAAAUCCGAGCGCAAUAACUACAUCAACGGGUACGGUGAUACGCUGAAUCGCAACAACCUUACGAUGGCCCAGAACAACACCUUCAACACGCUCGGGCGCAACCAGCGCAAUAUGAACCACGUGCCGCACAACAACGCGAACCACGCGUCCAACAACAUCAACCUCAACCAGGCCCACCACCACCAGAUGCACAAUGGCGGCGGGUACGUCGGGACGGAGAUAGUCACGAACACGCUCAGCCGCAGCAACAAUCGCUACAACGACGUGCCAAUAACGAACCCUCUGUUUCACAUCCGACAAAACGGAGAUUUGCAAUCGCAGCCGCAGCUUAACCACAUAAGCGCAACGAACGAAAAUGUCAGCUUUGGCAAGCGCGACUACAACCAGCUUUCCUUCUCCUAUUUGAACGACCUGGACCGGUCCGAUGCGGAAACCACGACGGAACUGUGA